AUGUCUCUUCACAGUUGCCAGACGUUCCCUCGCAUAAGUUUGAUUGCCCAAGCUGUUAGCUUGGCGUUGAGCCGCUCUUAUCUGAUAGUUCCUGGUAUAUUUGGUUUGACAUGUGGCAAUUUAGCUUUGGCACAAGCUUCAGUUGACACUGACCCCUUCCAUACGAGGAAUAGUUUAUACAUGCAUGCAGAAGAUGGGCAUGCAUUUGUGACCUCGUUAAUAGUUGCAGUAUUUGAAGGACUACUCUUGUUGCUAAGAGCGCUUUAUUUGGCAGUGUUGUUCUCACCAUGCAUGGUGAUGGCUCCUUUUGCUGAUUCUUUUGGACCUCGGUUUAGAAAAGUGUGGCUUCAGGAACCUGUAGCAUCUGGAAGUAUUGCUCAAGUCCAUCGAGCUUCUUUGAAGUAUCGUUACCAUGGAAGACAGAUCAAGCCCAUUGUAGUUGCAGUAAAAGUUAGGCAUCCUGGUGUUGGUGAAGCAAUUAAGAGAGAUUUUGAGAUAAUUAAUAUAGUAGCAAAGGGUUCAAAACUCAUCCCUACUUUGAAUUGGUUAAGACUGGAUGAAAGUGUUCAGCAGUUUGCAGUUUUUAUGAUGUCUCAAGUUGACCUUGCAAGGGAAGCUGCCCAUCUGAGCCGAUUUAUUUAUAAUUUUCGGCGGUGGAGGAAUGUUUCUUUUCCAAAGCCAGUUUAUCCAUUAGUGCAUCCUGCUGUACUGGUCGAAACUUUUGAGCAUGGGGAAAGUGUCUCGCACUAUGUUGAUGAGCUUGAAGGACAUACUCGGGUUAAAAGUGCCCUUGCACAUAUUGGAACUCAUGCACUUUUGAAGAUGCUUCUGGUAUGA